GUCCUCCCAUUCUCACUGCGCAUGCGCGGCUCAGGGAGCGCGCAGCGUGGCAAUCGCCGGUGCGCUGUGUCCCUCGGACACAGCGGAUCACGGAAAGAGCCAAAGAUGUCGGCUCGGUCAUGUGAUCUUCUGUGUCCAAUCACAGCUGAUCACAUAAGUGCCACCUGUCAGUGCUCAUCAGUGCCACGUGCCAGUGCCCAUCAGUGCCACGUGCCAGUGCCCAUCAUUGCCACAUCAAUGCCACAUACCAGUGCACAUCAAUGCCACAUAUCAGUGCCCAUCUGAGCUGCCUUUCAAUGUCACCCAUCAGUGCUAGUCAGUGCCACCUAUCAAUGCCAAUCAGUGCCACCUAUCAGUGCUGCCAAUCAGUGCCACCUAUCAGUGCCAGUCAGUGUCGCCUAUCAGUGCACAUCAGUGCCAGUCAGUGUCGCCUAUCAGAGCCAGUCAGUGCCGCCUAUCAGUGCCAGUCAGUGCUGCCUAUCAGUGCCAUAUAUCAGUG